AUGUCUCCCAAGAAACCCAAGGGUAACGCAGGUAGAAAGGUGAAAGGGAAAGGAAAGAAAGUGAAAACUAAGGUCCCAGAGGCAGUUGAGAAACCUGAGCACCCCGAUGACAUUUUCCCACUGGUCCUGACCUCCGUGACCCAGGAGCUGUUUGGCUGUGUGGGCGAUGAGGAUGUGACAGGAGACAGUCCCUACAAGGUGCUGCUAAAGGACGACAUCCUACGAGACAUCAGGAACAGAGCGGCCGUGUCCGACUUCAGCCCCGUGAAAAAGAGCGUGCAGGACUACCCAGAAGAUGAGCUGCUGCUGGUGUACGACAGAGACUUCACCUACGGUCAGGGCUUCUAUCUGGUUCUCACACCCGAAGCCAAGGACAGAUUACUCAACCCUCCAAAGCCUCCUACACCAGUGGAGUCUGUUAUUGAAAUCCCUAAAACCCCAGAACCUAAACCCUGGGUCUCUCUUGGCAGUGAGUUAGAGAUAGAAGAAGAAGCUGUCAAAGAUGCAAGAGAGAAGGUUCGGUUCAAGUUCUCCCGAGUGCGACGUAAGUUUGGUGCAGCGUUGUGUUUCUCUGACCGCAGCACUGCAGAUGUUAAAGAUGGCCACCUGGAGUGUGCUUCAUACCCGGACAGCAGAUUCAGCAUCAAACAGAUCCAGAGGGACAUGGGGAUGCAGGCAGUGCCCCAGCUCCACAGCAGCAGCACGCAGACACUGUGGAAGCAUCAGAAAAACAUGUGCACACAGUACGAGCCUGAGCACUUACCAAGUGAGGAAACUGAACAGCUCAUCCAGUCAGAAAACAUGAACAACUUUUUGGAUUUAGUGACUCCGAGGGUCAUGCACGCGCUUCAGCAGGAAACCAUUAUGAAUGUGUUCAGAGACGACUGGAAGGAUCAGGCAGGAGACAACGAUGAGAGCGACUGGUCUGUGAAGGCUACGGAGGGAUUAAUGCUGUAUCAGACGUUUACUGACCACAAGCACAUUAAAGACAAGAAGAUCAGCUGCAUAAACUGGCACCCAGCUAUCUACGGUGUUGUAGCUGUCUCUACAAUAGAAAGUACUGAGAAGGAGCCCCGAAAAUCAGUAACACCGUCCCACAUCCUGUUCUACAGCUUUGCCGAUCCUUGUACACCUCAGUUGCUACUGGAGUCUCCUGAUGACAUUUUAGUCUUUGAAUUUUCCCCAUCUGAUCCCAACAUUAUAGCCGGUGGCUGCGUUAAUGGCCAGUUAGUUUUAUGGGACAUCUCUGCAUACGUCACUCACUUACUAGGAAUACAGCCUGGUGGGCGAAAAGGGUCCGUCAACACUAAAGCUUUUGACCUGUUUGACACCAAAGAGAAUGAGACGCCCGUCGUGCGGCACUCUGCUGUGUCUGCUUUAGAGAACAGAUACAAAGCCCCAAUCACCGACGUCCACUGGGUCCCACAAACAUUUGAGGUGACCAAAGCAGGAGUUCCCAUGGAGAACAAGUAUAACAUGUCAGUUCAAAUCGUCACUUGUUCCCCUGACAGUUAUGUGUUAUUCUGGGACAUCAGAGUAGCGACCUUGCUAACUCAACCUGUGACCGCCAAAAAGCAGAAAGUGGAUCAGACGUCCCCCUACAGCGCCCCUGAAACUUUCAAACACCUGGACCGGACAUGGACUCCACUGUUCCGGGUGUCUCUGCCAAAGAUCGAAGCCACUGGAGACUACGCACCUUUGAAGUUGAGCUUUGAAGACUACACCUGUAACAGUAAGAAAGGGAAGCACACAGCAGAUGAAAAUGGAGAUGAGGCUUCGAAGGUCAUUCCAAACUACAGCGAGCUCAGAAUACCUUCAGCGAAAUCACUCACUGCGCUUAAAGACGUCAACACGAAGCUUUACAUUGGAACAGAGGAUGGAGAAAUAGUUUAUACUGACUGGAAAAUGGAAAAGGAUGACUCAGGUCAACCACAGAGUGCCAAGCCUGUUCACUGCCUGAACGUUCAUCACUGGUUGGUAAACACGGUACAACGCUCGCCAUUCUUCAGGGAUAUUAUUUUAUCAACAGGAGGCUGGAACUUUGCCAUCUGGAAGGAAGGAGUCAUGGAUACGCCUAUAUUCCAGUCGGCCUAUUCAGAGCAGCUUUACACAGUGGGGUGCUGGUCUCUGUCCAGACCAGCUGUCUUCUUCGUGGGAAGAGAUGACGGCGCCAUCGAGCUGUGGAAUCUGCUGGAGAAAACCAAUGAGCCCACACAGAUCCUGGCUCACAUCAUCAACGCCCAGAUCAGAUGCAUCAAACCAUGGAACGCAUCAUCCAAACAGCACUUCCUGGCAGUGUGUGACGACCUGGGAAUGAUCCAUGUUUUUGAAAUCCCAAGGGCUUUCUAUGUACCAAUAAAAAACGAGAGUGUAAGUGUGCGGAAAUACUUUGAGUUAGAACAAAACUGUAGAAAGAGUCUGAUGACAAAGGAAGAGACCUGGGCAAAACACAUGGGAGAGAACGAGCCCAAGACGAAGGUGGAGCCUGAAAAGUCGGUUAAAGUCCCAGAGGAGAGUGAGGAGGAGAAGGUCUAUGGUGAUUUUAUGAACAUGGAGGAGAACAUUCUGAAGAAAAUGGGGCUGCUGACAGAGGCUGACCAAGAGUAA